UCUCUCUCUCUCUCUCUCUCUCUCUCUCUCUCUCUCCGAUGGAAGAAAUCAGGGAUGCAGUAAUGGAGGAGACGAAGAGCGAAUCUCAGAUCGGCGGCAAAUUUUACGAGACUAUCGAGGCCCCGAAGUUCAUAGACCUCACAGCACCUGAUCACCGACCGAUAGGCGAUGACCGUUACUGGUUCUGCGCAAGAGUUGGAUGCGGUCAGAAUCAUGAGGAAGAAAUGGACUCUGAAGCAAUUUACAAAGAUUUCGUUCUUCGGGUCAUGGCAGCGAGAAGCCCUAGUGUUCAUCUUCGAAGUAGAAAAGAUUCGAGGUGUCGUAAGUCACAUCCUAAAUGCCCGAGCACCGUCCCUCCGAAGGCUUCGAGAUCUCGGAUUUCUAAGUUGGCUAUAGUUUCAUUGAUUCCUCAGAAAGCUAUGGAUAGGACAAGACCGAAAACAGGACAGAUUAGGUCUGCUGCACACAAGCAUUCUUCAACUCCAAAGGCAAAGGGAUCAGUUGAAGCUUUUACUACUCCUGGAAAGCAAAAUAAGCGUGUGCCGAAUCCAGGAAGCUUCCGUAGUGUACAAAAUCCGAGAAAUCCAAUGGUGCGGGUGUCGAGAAACAGAAUUCUUGCAAAGGCUUUGGUGUUUCACUCGCCGAAAAGGAUGGUGAAACUGAAGAGAUCUGCUGAUUUUGCAUCCUCUAUGAAGAAAAUGUGUGACGGGGUGAAGAAGCUAGAGAUUGAAAAGAAAGGGAAAGAUUUGGAUUUGAAUCAUAAGCCCGUGCCUUCGGAUAAAUCUGGAAAGCCAUUGAAAGGGCGAGAGGUUAAGAGCCGAGUGUUUGAUUCCUUGCAUUCUCAGAAACGGAACAGUGGCAAAACCAAGUGUCCUGCCACUUUGAAGGAGAGGGUUAAGGAAAAAGAAGAGUUUUUAGACAAAAACAGAAACAGCGAAUUGCGGGAAAUGGAGAAACGUGACGACACUAACAGUAAAAAUGGAGAAAAUGAUAAAGGGCUGAAGCAAGAAUCGAGAUUGGAGGAGGCAAAGGAUCCUUCUGCAACGAAGGAGAGUGACUUGGAGAACGGAAAGCAACAUGAAUCUUCCAAGACUAUAAACAAAGAAAAAGGUAUGGAAGCUAAAGUUGGUGAAAGAGCCGAUAUAGAGGAAGGUAUAGAAAGCGAUGAUAAUGAAAACGCUUCGGCCUCAGACAAUAACAGGAAAACCGAUCAUGUAGUGGGCCCUUCAAUCGAAAGGAAAGCUUUCGGCAUAAAGGGAACCUGCAAAACCGCCCCAAAGAUAAAUGCUCAAAUGGAAAGGCGAGUUCUUCAGGUAUUCGUGCUCAAGGGGUCAAGUAUAUAAAACCUAAGCCCACAAAUCCGAAGCCUUUUCGCUUGAGAUCUGACGAAAGGCAAAUUCUGAAAGAAGCCAACGCCGAGAAGAAGAAGCAUCGAUCUCCUGCCAAAGAAGAAACAACAACGCUUCUCGGGUCCAACACCGGAAACUUGCGGCAAAAGCACGAGACCCAGCAAGAGAACAGAACUACCCUAGUGAAAGUUGGUAAAUGAUCAUCAUCCAAACCACUUCUAGAGGAGAUCUCCGGGAGGACGAAACAGCUUGUCGGAAAACAAACUGGGGUGUCUCGAGGGGUAACAUCUUCGGUUAGAAAGAAGAGAACACCUAUGAAAACGCCGACUAAAGGGCAUAUAGAAGGAUCUAAGGAAUCUUCACCGAUGUUUCUAGAAGAAUCUAAAGAUGUUUGUGCUGUGUCGGGAGAAAAAAGAACAACAAAAACGGUGCCAAGGGGACCAAACUUCCACAGCAUCCACCUCCCCAGGAGUUGCACAAAGAGAUUGGCUUGAAUAUUUCCACUUACAGUUCAAUUUGUUCAUUGAAUUUAUGAAUUUAUGAAUUUAUGAAUUUAUGAUUUUUUUUCUUUUGUAAAACUUUGUAUUCCUAUUUUUGAGAAAGUGUAUAUGUUUUUAUCGUG